AUGGCACCUCCCAUCCACAUCAAGCAGCAGCAGACUCGUAACAAGUCUUGCAAGCUAGAUAUACUGGUAAUUGGCGCAGGCCUCGCCGGCCUUGGGAGUGCAAUCAGCUGUGCUCUUGCUGGUCAUCAAGUCAGCAUCCUCGAAGCGGCUGCUGAGAUAAAGGAAGUGGGCGCCGGUAUCCAGGUCCUGCCAAACAGCUCUCGCGUCUUGCAGCACUGGGGUCUUGAGAAGAAGUUGACACCCCACAUGACAAUCCCAAGUGUGUGCAACUUCAUCGGUUGGAAAGGAAACAAGAUCUCCCACCUUGAUUUCCACGAUUCCGAAACGAAAUACCCUGGCACUUGGUAUCGAGAUUUUCACCGCGCCGAUCUCCAACGGUGCCUGGUCGAAAGGGCUUUAGAGCUAGGAGUGCGCGUGAUAUGCAAUGCCCGGAUUGAUGAUGUGCGUGUAUGUGGAAAUGGAACCACAGCGAAGGCCUUCGCUGCAGAUGGAAGGCAAUGGGAGGGCGAUCUCGUCAUCGGAGCUGACGGGGUGUUCGGAAAAUUGACUGAAGGCUUGCUGGGUCGCAGUGAUCCACCAGUCAAGACAGGAGAUCUCGCAUAUCGUCUACUUUUAUCAACAGAAGAAAUGCGCAAGGACCCUGAGCUGGCGCCAUUCGUGAAUCAACCUCAAGUGAAUUAUUGGCUGGGGCCGGAUGCUCACGCCGUCAACUAUGUUCUGAGGGGAGGGGACCUGUUUAACAUGGUUUUGCUUGUCCCAGAUGACAUUCCCGAAGAUUCACUUGCAUCUACAAUGGAGGGGAAUGUGGAAGAGAUGUGUGCCUUAUUUGAAGGAUGGGAUCCACGCAUUCAAAAACUUCUCAAAUUAUGUCAGUCCGUGCAGAAAUGGCGACUGUGCAUCCGCUUCGGGGACUUCGAUUGGACUCAUCCAUCAGGAGCCUGGGUCAUGGUCGGGGAUGCUGUCCAUGCAACCUUGCCAUAUUUAGCUUCAGGAGCCGGUAUGGCCUUUGAAGAUGGUGCCGUUCUCGGCGAAUGUCUAUCUCGUCUCCCCGACAAUCCCGAAAUCUCCAAAAGCUCGCCUUCAUUUACGGAGGCUAAGAAACAUGCCCUUUCUGUUUUCCAGGAAUGCAGAAAGCAGCGUACUAAGAUGGUUGUCGAGAGAGGAAAUGUACAGCAGUAUCUAUACCAUCUACAUGACGGGCCAGAGCAGCAGGAAAGAGAUCGCAAGAUGCAGAUGGUGCCUACCCCAGAAGGGGAAGCUUUGGCUUGGAGAGACCCAGGACUAGCUCCUAAACUACUUGGAUAUGAUCACAUUGCUGAUGUAAAUCGGCGCUGGGGAAACUCAUAUGGAAAACACCCACGAGGUAUUCCAGCAUCAUGGUACCGCUCCGAAGCUAUGUACCAGCUUGAGAGACGAGCCAUUUUCUCUAAACGCUGGUUACUCCUCACUCACUCCUCUCGAUUCGCCAAAAAUGGCGACUACCUAUCCUUUACCAUCGCGAACCUAUCCUUCUUCCUAAUUCGAGACCGUGACGGAAACAUUAACGGCUUCCAUAAUAUCUGUCGACACCGCGCAUUCCCAGUCGUGCAAUCCCGCUCGGGAUCAGCUUCCAUUCUCACAUGCAAAUACCAUGGCUGGUCAUAUGGCCUGAAAGGAAAUCUUUCGAAGGCCCCUCGAUUUGAGACCGUUCCCGAUUUUGACAAAACGCAACAAGGACUCCUUCCCAUACAUGUCCACGUUGAUAAGGCCGGAUUUAUUUGGGUGAAUCUUCAAGCAGCCGAGAAUGCAAGAUUUCGAUUUUGCCGGGAAUAUACGUUUGAUCACUACUGGGAGAUGGACGUUGAUGCCAAUUGGAAGGGGUUGAUUGAGAACUACAAUGAGUGCUACCAUUGCGCCACCUCCCAUCCCCUUAUAAAUGGAGUAUCCGAUCUUCCUAAAUAUAGAGUGGAGCCCAAUGCUGCAUAUAUGGAACAUCAUAUCUUCAACAAAGAACAAGCUGACAGUCAGUUCCGUCGGGCUAUUACCUAUUUCUUCCCGACGACAUCAGUUACCGUCACUGAUAAAUUCUUCUACAUUCAACGCAUGAUUCCUGUCACAGCAACAACGAGCAAAGUUGAAAAUGAAGUAUACCGACAUAAAGACGCGACUGACAAGGAGUUCGAAGAUAUCAAUGCGUUCUACCGACAGGUUCUUGACGAGGAUAGGGAGCUUUGCGUUGGAGCCCAACAAAACUUGAGUGCGGGUGUCUUUGUCAAUGGCGAGCUUCACCCGAACAAGGAAAAGGGACCUAUUUAUUUCCAAGAAAGCGUGAAGAAAAUACUUAUAGAGCACAGGAAGAAAGAAGAUCAGCAAGGUGGAAAGGAAAUUUGGCCAGCUCUCCCCCAGCUGCCUAGCUCUGCUUCUGAAAAACUACUUGAGGAAGAGAAUUUCUGCUCACAGAUCGAAGCAGCAAGUUGUACGAACAAACCAGAACUGACAUGGUGA